AUGAAACAUCACUUCAUGGACCACACAGGAGAGAAAUCACCAUCAGAUGGAGCCACUCUCAGCUUGGUCAGUCCUGAGUCUACUGAUGAGAGUGUGGGAGUGUGUUGGUCAGACACCAUGAAGACGGAGAAGUCUCCUCCUCAACAGAGGCCGGCCAUUCCCCACGAUGAGCACCCCUACUUCUCCUCCAGGUUUCGAGGGGUGCUGAGCUGGAGCAGCUCGCCCUCCUCCCAGUCUUCUUCUGAGUACCAGUCCUACUCCCCGUACCAGUCGUGCCAUUCAUGCCUGCACGACCAGGAAAAUGGAAUCCAGCAGAGCACGUGUGCCCUCUAUACCCACGUGCAGACUGUGCGGGGUGUGGCUGUUGCCUGGGAAACGGAGGCUGGCUUUGAGUCGGUCAGCGCGAAGCCUCGAAUUCAUGAAGCUGAAUUCAUCAAGAGGCAGCGAAGGAAAGGAUCCUCCUUUGAGACAGCUUCUAACACCGACCUGCGCUGGGACUUGGAAGCCAUCAAGAACUGCUGCCCCGAGUCGGAUGACUGUGAGCUCCUGGGACCACUGGACUGCUGCCUGCAGGAACUGCGGGACCCCCCUGAGUGGCUAGUGACCACGAACUUUGGGCUGCGCUGUGUGGCCUGCUGUCGAGUUUUCCCCACCCUGGAAGCGCUGCUAGAACAUGCCCAGUAUGGCAUCAGAGAGGGCUUCAGCUGCCAGAUUUUUUUUGAGGAGAUGCUAGAGAGAAGGCGAGUUCAGGAUCAAGCUCAUGACCAGGAUCAAGCUCAUGACCAGGAUCCAGCUCAUGACCAGCAAGAGGAGGAGGAACCGGACCCUUCAGGCAGCAGUAAAUGGUCUAGGCCCCCCAAGUUGUGUCAGUUACAGCAGAAGAACCAGUGAGCCUAGGGUUGAUGUGCCCGGCUCUGUCCUCACAACCAGCACCUUGAUCCCCUCUUAC